AUGAAUUCUAUAAUAAUAAAAAAUAAACUAAGCAACUUAUAUGAGAUCAUUCGAGAAUCAAAAUCUAAGAAUUAUUUCAAUCCAUCAUUUAUUUGGAUUUUAUAUAUUGGAAUGAGAUUGAGUUAUAUUCUAAGAGUAGAUCAAUUCAAUCAAUAGGAAUAUUAAGUAUUUAAAAUUUUAUUACUUUUUAGGACAAAUAAUUAAUGCUUAUAAAAAACUUAAUCAAUUGGUUUCAUUUAUUGAAACCAAUCUAAUCUAUAGAAAUGGAUUCAUUUAAAUCUCUUAUUGUAAUAUUAAUUUCUAUAGUUCAUUGGCUAUCUUCUUUGAUCACAUUAUUUAAUAAUAAUUAGAUGAGAUUUUUUAAUUAUUUUCAAAACUAAUAUUUCACUUAUUUGCAAAUAUUGUAUCUGUAUCCAUCAUUUAUACAUAUUCAUUAAUUAUAAUACUAAAAUGGGAAUUAAAUCAUCAUUAUAAUAUGCAUAAUACCAAUUAUUUUUAAUUAUUCCAUAUUUACAUACAUUCAAAGGAAUUACUUAUUACCUAGCAAUAAUCCUUUUACUAAAAGAUACCGUCCAUAUAAUUACCUUGUAAAUUUAUCAGAAAUAAUCCUUUUAUUAUUAUUUCCUUAUAUUGAUGAAAUGUUUUAAUCAAUAAUUCUACUGAUAUAAUUCUUAAUUCAAAUAAUUGAUGCAAUUUUAAAUUAACCUUACUCUUAAUCAAUGAAUCUGAAUUAUUGUAUAGGUUCAUCAAUAUUAUUUUAUUGUUCCAUGCUUAAAUGUUUAAGUAUUUAUUGGACAUAAAUAGAGUUUUUAUAUUUUUGUUUAAUUUUCAUUCCAUUGUUAACUUACAUAACUAAGAAAGUUUUGGAAUUAAUAUAUGAACAAAACUUAAAACUUUCAUAAUUAAAUAAAUCGAUAAUUAUUUAGAUGAUAGAUGAAUAUUACUAAAAAAAUAACAACGUUAUUCGUAUUAAAAUAAUAUCAACUAUACUUCUUAGAUAUUUAGUAUUGAGUAAUCUAAGAAUGAUAUCAGAUAAAUAGUUUAAUGAUUACAUUUUAAUUUUGUUUAAUUUUUAAUCUUUAUCAGUACAAGAGAAAUUCUUAGAUGAAGAUCUAAAUGCAUAUAAGAUUUUAUAUCUUUAUUAUACUUUAGAUAAAUAGAACUUAGCUUACAUAUAAAUUAAAUAGUUUUAGAUAUAUAAGAAAUGUCAAAGUCUUUAUUUUAGUAUACUACAAGAUUUUGUCUUAUAAAAUAUGUAUAAAAAAAUUGAUAAUAAAUAAUAACAGAAUUAAGGAAGAUUAGAAUUAUAAUAAAUCAAAUAAAGUCAAAUUUUACAAGAAAGAUGUGAGCCAAUGAUUAUGUAGAUUUUGGAAUUAAAAAUAAAAUAUUGGGAUUAAUUAUUAAAUGGUUAUGAAAAUAUUGAAUAAUUAAGUAAUGUAUCCAUGCAUUUAAGUUAAAAAGUAAUUAACUUGAAGGAUAUUGUUUUUAUGGAAUUAAAUUUAGAAAUAUUUACUCUUUAAAAAGAAUUGUUUAAACUUAAUUUAUUAGAUUUACGUUUACUCUCUUAAAUAUUUGCAACAGUUUUAAAUGAUUAUUAUACAACACUUUAAAUUGAAAAAAGAAUAGAAGAAAUUCUUAAUUUUGAGAGAUAUGUUUUAUCUAGAAAUAUCCAAAAUUUAGGUUUAUUAAAUGAUGAUGUCAUUAUUAUACCUGUAAGUAUGAUUAAAUAUCAAGGGAUGAUAUUGGGCAAAAGUAAAUAAAAAUUAUAUAACUUUUUUUAAUUUCCAAAUGAUGAUUCUAAUGAAUAAAUAUCUCAUAUUAAUUAAAUAUUACCAUAAUAUUUGUAGAAAAAGCAUGAACAAUUUUUGAAGAUGUUUCUAUAAACUGGGGAAUCAUCAUUAUUUAUUAUUAGUUAGGAUGUAUAUCCAAUUUAUUAUUCAGGAUUCUUGUUUAGUGGUACUUUAUAAUUGAUAUCCUCUUAUGAUUAAAUGGAGGAUUAUGUCUUAUCAGCUGUAUUAAAGAAAAACAUAGAUAAUGAUGAUUUAAUACUAUUUGAUGAAUCUGGCAAAAUCUUAGGUAUUGCAGAAUCAAUUUAUUAAUUAUUAUUAUUUAAUUCUUAAACAUAAGAUAGGAAUUAAUUUGAUAACAACAUAUUAGAUUCUUAUAUAUAUUUUUGGUUUAAGGAUCUUUUACUUUUGAUUAAUGAAUAUUAGGAUCAAUUUAAAAGUUAAUAAACAUAAUUAUAAAAUAUUUAAACAACCAUAAUCUAACCAAUAAAUGAUUUAUAAUCAUUUAUAAAAGAUCAUGAAAACUUUAGAAAAUUACAUUUUCUAACUUAGACACACUCUAUAAAAACAGAACAGGAUCCAUAAACAGAUUAAAAUCAAUAAAUUAAAAUAACUUGUUUUGAAUCAAAUUACAUUAAUUAAAUAAAUUAAUUUAUAAAUGAUUAAUUGCUUAAAUUAUAUCAGAAUCCUAUUUAUUUCUAAGUGACAUUUACUUUGAAUUUUAUUUAAAUGUAGGGUUGUCAUUAAUUAUUUCGUUUAACCAUAAAUGAAUAUUUUUAAAAAGAAAAAAAAUAUGUUGGAACAUAAAGUUUAUAUACUUCUUUUAUAAAUAUAAAAUCUUAAUUAGGUAUGAUAAGUGACUAUUAAAUAUAAACUGAAGAAGAUCUUGAUGAAUUAAAUUAAGGAUUGUUGAUUAAUUAACCCAUAAUUAAUAAGUUAUUCAUCAAAGAUACAGAUGAAAUACAGAAUAUAAGAGAUAUUAGUUAAAAAGAAGAUUUGAAUAUUUAGAAUAUAAUUGAGAGAGAUCAAAAAGAAAGUAAUUUAAUUUCUCCAAGAUUAAACAGAGAUAUAUUAAUAUAAAAAGAUUUAAUUGAUGAAGACUCUGAAUACAUAAGAGGAAAUGAAUCUAAUGAAAUAAAAAGUAGUUCUAAAAAAGAUAUUUAGGAGAAUAUUUAAUAGGUCAUUUAAAAAGAAGAAUUUGUUCAUGAAAAACAAUCUAAAUCUAGUAAUACUUCAAAUAAAACAUAAAAUUCCAUAUAUAAUUUAAUAAAGAAAUUAUAAUACACAUAAUAAUAUUAAACUUCCAUAAUAAAUACUAUAUUGAUAACAAUUAUAUUUACAAUAUUUUUAAUAAUACUAAUCAGUGUUGAAUUAUCAAUAAUUAGAGAGAACACAAAUAAGUUAGAAUAUAGUAUACCAUUAGUCAGAAUACCUUAAAGAUUUAAUAGAUUAUUUUGCACAUUUAUCACAAUAGGUUAACUUUAAUUGUAAUCAAAAUUAAUAAACUAAUCUUAUGGUGAUUAUUAUGAUUAUAGAAUAAAAAAUGAAAGUGCAUUAAGACAUGCUGAAAUUCAAAAUUUAAUGACAGAACUUUUAAAGGAGUUUUCUAUAAUGGAGGAAGAGGAAUAAUUGCCUAUAAUGGAAAUUCGAAUAAUUAAUGAAUACAUAUAUUAACUACAAAAUGUUAGUAUGAUAGAAUUUGAUACAUUGGUUAAUGCAAAAGUAGAUUAAUUAAAUGAAUUACUCUAAAAAAUUGAUGAAAAUGAUGAAAUAAUUAAAAGAGUUUAAAUACUUUUAUAAUUUUUAGAAGGCAAUUUAAUUAAUUAAUUAGAUCUAACAAUAGCUAUAGUUAAUUAAAUUGAAGAAAACUUUUUUAAUUUAAUAUAAUUAAAUCAAGUCGAAGAGCUAAUAUUUUUAGUAAUUAUUCUGUUGAUUGUUAUUAUAAUGUUAAUCUUAUAAUAUAAAUAAUGGCUGUAACCAUAUAAAUAUAUGUAAACAAUUUUGCUAUUAAUUGGUAACUUAUCUGAAAAAGAUAUAGAAUUUUCUGGAAUUAGGAUUUAUUUCAUAUUAUAAAAGCUAAAUCACAAUCAUUCAACUUGGAAAAACAUUAAUUACUUUCGCGAUUUCUUUUGGUAAUCUAAGAUGUCAAUAACACAUUAAAGUUUAAAAUUUUCAUUUUAAAUACAAUCAAAAGAGAAGAACAAAGUAAAAAUGUAAUAAUAAUAAAGAGCAAAAUAAACAUCUCGUAUUUAAGAAACAUAAUUUAAUAUUAAAAAUAUAUAAAUUAUUUUAUUUUUCUUAUAUGCAUUGUUGUCUGGUUAUGCCAUAUCUGCAUUUAUAAUUUUGAAAACAAAUAUGGACAAUAGUUAACCAGAACUUAAUAUUGCUAUGAAUUAUGUAAAAUUUAAAUAAGAUCUUGAUGGUAUUAUGAUUAUUAGCCAAUUAUUAAAAAGUUAAUAGAUUCUAAUUGAAGAAACUAUGGUAAGUGGAAUUUUCAAAAUGAAUCCACAAUUAAAUAACAAAGAAAAGUAUUUUCAAACAUUAUAUACUGAAUUAUUAAAAGAGUUUGCACCUUUAAUAAAUGAUAUGGAUGAAAUUUAUUCAAAAAUAUAUAAUAAUGUAAUAGAAUCUAGAAAAAUGAGUGAAUAAAAUAAAUAAUUAUUACUUAAUCUAUAUGAAAAAGAUCUCUGUGAAAUUAUCCCUACUAUCUUACCUUUUUGUACUUAUGAAUAAGAAAAAUUCAUUUAUUUUCCGACCUUUCCAGUUGCCAGCCCAAAUUUAAAUAAUAAAUAAAUUUAUUAACAUGGAAUUAAUGGCAUUUAUUAACAGUAAAAUAUUAAAAAUAUUAAUUAGGAUAAUAUCAAUAUUUAAUACUCAUUAUUCAUUAGAAAAAAGUGGUAUAGAGGAUACUAAUCACAUUAAUAUUCAUUAAUUUCUUUAGAGUUCAGAAUAUAUCUAAAUUAUUUUACCUUAUUUUUUUGACUUAAGUUAUGCAAUUUUAGAAUUCUAUUACAUUAUUAUCUAAGCAGCUCAAGAUAUUUUAGAAAAUGAUUACUGGAUGAUACUAUAAUAUUAUAUAAUUGCAGGAAUAGGCUGCAUUAAUAUAUUAUAUUUGGUAAUAAUAUUAAGAGCAAUCACUUUGUAAAAAAGAGUUCGUCUUAUCAGAUAAGCUCUAAUUGUUAUACCAUAUGAAUCAUUAUAAGAUUAAACUAUACUAAACUCUAUAAAAAAAAUUGAUAGAAAUAUUUGA